AUGAAGCAUGGGAAAGCGUUUCACAACCGGUUCGCGCAGCUCACUGUGUUUGAAGCGGAGGUUCGGCACGAACCGGAGCUUUGGGCCGAAGCAGAGGCUCGGCGCGAGGCUGCUGGGGGAACGACAGGCGGAGAGAGCAGCGUAAAGGCCGCAGGAGAAGGGGGAACGGCUGGAGGAUCGGGCGGAGACGGCGGAAAUGGGGGCCAGCAAGGUAGACAGCAAGGGGAGCCGAAAGGGGGACAGCAGCAAGGGGGGCAGGCGCAAGGGGACCAGCAGCAAGUGGGGCAGAACCAAGGGGUCCCCGGGCGUGCAGAACCGACGAAAACGACUCUGCGGCUGCUGUCGUUUCUGGAGGAUGACGAUUCGAUUCGCAAGUCGCAGUGGCAGGGGUGGGGCGAGGCGGAAUACAGCGACCUCUUCACUCCGAGCGUGUUUAAGGUGCAGUGCCACGUGUGGCCCACGCACGACGCUUAUAUGCAGACGCUCGAGCCUGCUUAUAUCGUGGACGCGGUCGCCAAUAACAGCUAUCUUUGGCAUAACAUUAUCGAGUGCCCACUGCCACCAUACACCAAGCUUAUGACUGGUAAUGAGACCGUUUCAAGUGAACCAGCCAGCUCCGCUGCUCCUCUCUCUGAUCCGUCUGCGGCUCCUGCGUCUGUGACCGGUCGAGAGCGGUUGGGAACGGCGGACGGGAGAAAGUGGGCGGUGCAUCACUGGCAGCAGGUGCAGGUGCAGCUGGUGGCAGCAGAGGAUGGGGCAGACCUACGCAUGCCCCCGCUGCUGCUGUGCCGCGCCGACAAUGACAAACACACCCUUGCAUCCUCCCCGCUCUCCCUCUCCCUCACGUCCUCUCAUCACACUGCUGCUGCUGCUGCUUCUGCUGUUGCGGCCCAGCCCUUCCCUGUCUCUUUCCCUCCGCCGUUUCCGUUUGCAGCAAAGGAAAAGGAAUUGGCUGCUCUGGCUGUCGCCGGGGCCGCUGCUGAGGCUGCUACUGCUGCUGCUGCGAAGGGUGCAAAGGGUCGCUCUGGCGGUUCGGCAGGCUCAAAGGCCGCUGUAGGCUUGGGAAGUGGUUCGGAGCUGGUUCGGUUUUUGGCCGAGGCGGAGCAAGGGGCGAACAGCACAGAUAAAGCCUCUGGUGGGAAAAUGCUUAGUUCCAAGGACCUGCUUGGGAACUAUGAGGAUGCAGCUACAAACGAGGAUGAGAAAAACAGCAGCAGCAGCAGGAGUGCGGGCAUGGGAGCAGUGAGCAUCUGCCUGCGCCCCGUGCACAAGCGCCAAAUGUUCUCCGAUAAUAUCGCCGUAUCCGACGUGCGCUUACUCGAGUGGAUCGAUGCGUGUCUGCUGAUGGGAGUGGAUCGCAUCUAUGUGUACGACCGCUACUCCACGCACAUACGCGCGCUGCUGUGGGAGUAUAUUGCCCGAGGGCAGGUGGUGCACGUGCCGUUCCCCAAUUGGAGCGAGGUGUUCUUUAGGCAAGCGCAGUACGACGGCAAGGCCAAGAAGCCCUACGCGGUGAGUGCGGCCUUCCUUGGCUUGGCGAUUCUGAUGAGGAGGUUCAACGUCUGGGGAGUGAAGGAGGAGUCACGAGGGGAUCCGGCGAUUCUGAUGAGGCGGUUCAACUUCUGGGGAGUGAAGAAGGAGUCACGUGGUGAUCUGGUGUCUGACAGGCUGCAGUGGCGAUGCAGUGAGCCCAUGUGGCACACCAAGACGUGGGUCGGCUGGCACGACAAGGUGGCUGUUAAUCCCCAGACGAUUCUUCCAUACUCUAUAUCCAUCCACAACACGUUCUCCCCACCAGAAGAAAUGGCAACAGCGCCACCAGAAAUUCUCCACCUGAACCACUACACGUCGCGGGAGGUGGAUCUCAAAGAGCCGCCCUGCAACGCCACAGUCAAGCCUAUUGAAGACCCCAGCCUCUUCUGGGCCCGCAACCGCACAAUGGAGUGCAAAGCGGUGCGGUGCGGUGGGAGUGUUGACACCCCGGUGGAGUGCUGGCCCUUCUGCCAGUUGCCAUGGGCGGGUCAGGACAAGAAUAGGUAG